GCAAAGCGAGCCGGUGGUUUGGGGUCUCCCAGUCGAAAUCGGCCAAGACGAACGUGAAUAUUCUUCACCAAGAGGAGCUGAUAGCGCAGAAAAAGAGAGAAAUCGAGGCCCGACUGGAGCAGCAAGCGAGACAGAAUUACCUGAGCAUUCAGCAGCUGCCUCUGCUGGGAGAAGAUGACGGUACUGACAGUGAAGCCUGUGUUUCCAACAAGUUUGUUAAUGAUGGCAGUUUCCUCCAGCAGUUUCUCAAGCUGCAGAAGGAAAAGUCAAGUACUGAAUCUCCCCCAAGUUCUACUAAUAACUCGGCAAACACUUCUGCACCACAUGUUGGGAAGAAACCUUUGCUGUUUGGGAAGCGCCCGGGUCAGGUCCUCAGCAGCAUGUUGCACCAAGCGAAGAACUACUCCCAUUCCAAACAGACCCCGGUCCUUAACCGCCUCAGUGUGUUUCAAUCACCAGAUGAAGAUGAGGAAGAAGAUUAUGAGCAGUGGUUGGAAAUUAAAGUUUUACCCCCAGAGGAUGCGGAGACCCGACAAGUGGUGGAAAAACUGGCUAGGUUCGUGGCUGAAGGGGGACCAGAAUUAGAGAAGUUCGCUAUGGAAAACUACAAGGAUAACCCAUCUUUUUCGUUUUUGCAUGAUAAGAACAGCAGAGAUUUCCUUUACUACAGAAAGAAAGUGGCAGAGAUAAGAAAAGAGAAUCAAAGUUCUCAGACAUCCUCUUCUCAGAAAGACGACGAAGAGACAAAGAAUUCUGCUGAGAAACUGGCCAGGUUCGUAGCAGACGGGGGUCCCGAGGUGGAAGCUAUUGCCUUGCAGAACAACAGAGAGAACCAUGCUUUCAGGUUUUUAUAUGAACCAAACAGCAAAGGCUACAAGUAUUACCGGCAGAAACUGGAGGAGUUCCGUAAGGCCAAACCCAGCCCGGUGUCUGCCCCCCUGCCUGUAGAAUCCAGUCUGAAAAGGAAGACCAGCCCCGAGGCAUCACCAUCACCUUCGUGCUUAUCAUCUUUGCCUUUGCCAGUUCCUUCACCUUUACCCUCUACUGCUCCAGGCACUACUAAAAAGAAGAGGAAGAGCAGAUGGGGGCCAGAGGAGGACAAGGUUGAAUUGCCCCUCCCACAGCUUGUCCAACAGCUGGAUUCUCCCUCCCCUCUUUCAGUUCAGGACCUCAAGGGUCUUGGUUAUGAAAAAGGGAAACCGGUUGGUUUGGUGGGUGUGACGGAGCUCUCCGAAGCCCAGAAGAAACAGCUGAAGGAGCAGCAGGAGAUGCAACAGAUGUAUGACAUGAUCAUGAAGCACAAGCGAGCCAUGCAGGAGAUGCAGAUGAUGUGGGAAAAGGCAAUUCAGCAGCACCAACACGGCUAUGACAGCGACGAAGAGGUGGACAGUGAGCUGGGAACGUGGGAGCACCAGCUGCGGCGCAUGGAGAUGGACAAGACACGAGAGUGGGCUGAGCAGCUGACCCAGAUGGGCAGAGGGAAACAUUUCAUCGGAGACUUUCUUCCACCUGACGAGCUGGAGAAAUUUAUGGAGACGUUCAAAGCAUUGAAGGAAGGACGGGAGCCAGAUUAUUCUGAAUACAAAGAGUUCAAACUGACUGUGGAAAACAUAGGUUAUCAAAUGCUAAUGAAGAUGGGCUGGAAGGAAGGCGAGGGACUUGGCUCUGAGGGACAGGGGAUUAAAAACCCAGUCAGCAAGGGAACUACUGCUGUGGAUGGAGCUGGUUUUGGCAUCGAUCGUCCCGCUGAGCUGACCAAGGAGGAUGAUGAGUAUGAAGCAUUCCGGAAACGAAUGAUGCUCGCCUACCGCUUCCGACCAAACCCAUUGAACAAUCCACGACGACCUUACUACUGA